AUGACCUCCUUCCUCAUUUGGUCGUAGAUUUUUCCCCGCAGCAUAAACACUCAAUCUGCUAAAAACCAUUACAAAAGCUGCUGGAGUUGCAAAUAUCAGGUUCCUCUGUCAUUCUCUUUUAAAUUUUUUACUGAACAUUUUAUUAGGUUUUACCAAGAAAAUCCCCAAAUUUUAGUUUUGAUUCACAAAAAUGGAAGAAGAAACAAUAGAUUCACCAGAAUCAUCAUCAUCAAUAUCAGAAGAAGACAGAUUUAGCUUGUUACCUAAUGCAUUAAUUCAUCAUAUCUUAUCAUUUGUUGAUGACAUGAGAAUCACAGUACAAAUGAGUAUCUUGUCAAAUAGAUGGAGACAUAUUUGGAAAUCUUACCAGUUCUUAGUUUCAAGAACAAUCUGAUUGAAAUUAAUGGAUUUAGGCAUUUUGUUACUACUGCACUCAUGCUUCACGACGAUAUUGAUAUACGUACUCUAUCUGUUCUAUGGAUUGAUCCCCUUAAUACGGACAUUGAUAUAGGUGAUGUUCUUAAUACAUGGGUACUUUAUGCUGUUAAACGGAAAGUUAAAGAGUUGGUGUUUUCUGUUAUAGUUGAUAAACCUCAGUCGUUUGUGUUUCCUGAGUGUGUCUAUAACUGUGAGUGGUUGACGGAUUUGCAUUUAUACUUGGGUAGUAUGUAUCAUUCUACACUUCGCCUGCCUGAGUCAAUACAUUUAUCUAAUCUGAAAUCCGUGAAGUUUGAAGCUCUACAUUUGAAUGAAGUUUUAAUGAAUGAGUUCUUCACAAGCUGUCCUGCUCUUGAGUCGGUAACCAUAAAAGAUUGUAUUAUGGGUGACUUGGAAAUUAUUUCUCACACACUCAAGUACUUUACACUAGCAUACUCAUCUUUCAAUGGAAUUGUUAGCAACGUUGCCAGCUCGGUCUUGUUAUUUGCUCCAAAUCUCGAAGUCUUUGAUAUCAUAUGUCACCCGUCGCAGUUCUGUCGUGUUAUUCGCACCAAAUCUCUGGUUAAAGCUGGCGUUAAGAUUAUUGUACAAGAAAAAAGGAAUAACCCAUACACAUAUUCAGAGCUUCCUGGCGAAUCGAAGGAUGUGUAUGCUAAGGCUAUGAUGCUAAUGCUAGAAAAAUUUCAUAACGUGAAAGAUCUAACAUUAUCUUCUCGUUUUAUACAGAUUAUCUCAAGAUCACCUAAUUUAUCAAAGACUCAGCCUCCUCAACUGGCUAAUCUACGAUGUAUGCGGCUGCAUACUUUUCUUUCAAAGGGCUGUGCUCAAGCAAUAUUUUAUUUGCUGAGGAUUUCUCCUAAAAUAGAAUCUUUAUCUGUACGUAUAGAUAUGGAUUGCUUUGCCGAGCAACCAACAGACCUAUAUUGUGACGAGAUAAACUUUCCUCUAGAAAAUAUUGAGGAUUACUGGAAGCCAGGGUUGACAUCGCCAUGUGAGCCAUUGCACCUCAAAGUUGUUGAGCUGGUAGGUGUUUACGGAUCCGUUAAUGAACUUCGAUUUAUUGAAGUUUUCUUAAAAUAUGCUGUCAAAUUGGAGAAAGUGUCUUUUUAUUGGAAUAGGGACGGGCCAGCCAAUCUUAUGGAAAUAAUUAUGAAAUUUGAAGAGAAGCUACGUUCAUUACCAAGAGCCUCUUCCAGGGUUUCGACUUUGUUCUACUAGACUGUUCUUGGUGGUACACCAUGAUGUCAUUUUCUGUUUAUUAGGUUGAGAUUUUAGGGUUCGGAUUUUGUGUUAUGUUGACAUAGUAACUUUUUUUUUGUUCUAUACUCUUUUUUGCAUCAGUGUCUAUCUGGAAACACCUCUAAUUUUUUCAGAGCUAAACAUUCAUUUCACUUUUUGAUGGUCCGUUAAAAGUUGUUUCAUUGAUCUGUCAAUUAAGAAAGGAGUUCUCUGACUUGAGUCUUAUCAUGAAAAUGAAUAAUCAAAUGAAACAAAUUGG